AUGGAUAGCUCUUCAGAUGCCCACAGCCGGAACAAGUGCGCGGCGUGCUACCGCCAGUUCAACAGGAUGGAGCACCUGGUGGAGCACAUGCGCGCGUCGCACCACUCGCCGCACGAGCCGCGCUGCGGCGUCUGCGGGAAGCACUGCCGCUCCCUCGACGCCCUCCGUGACCACCUCGGCUUCGGCGCCUCCCUGCCCCCGAAGCCCGCCUGCGCCACGGCCUUUGCUGCCAAGGGCUGCCCGCUCUGCCUCGCCGUCUUCCCUAGCUCCAGCUCCCUCCACGCCCACGGCCCAACCUGCCACCACUCCCGCGCUCCGGUUCCCUCGAGGGGGGCUAUGCCGAGAAUGCCCGUCGGCGGCGUGGUGGCGCUGGGGUGCAAGAUGGUGGGCGGCGGGAGCGACGGGACGCUGGACCUGUGCGGGCGCGUCUGCGUCAUCGACGAGAAUGAGACCAUCGUCUUCGAGAACUUUGUGAGGCCGCUCCUCCCGGUGACGCACUACCGGUACGAGACCACGGGGAUCCGCCCCGAGUACCUGCGGGACGCGCCGACGGUGAAGAUGGUGCAGCGGCAGGUGGAGGGCAUCCUCCUCAACGGCGAGCAGCCGUGGAAGGUCCGGUCCUCGCGCGGCGCGGCCAGGAUCCUCGUCGGCCACGGCCUGGAGCACGAUCUCGACGCGCUGGGCAUGGACUACCCGGCGUACCUGAAGCGGGACACGGCGGAAUAUCCGCCGCUGAUGAAGACGAGCGCCAGGCUGAUGAGCAACUCGCUUCGGUUCCUCACACAAAGCUGCCUCGGCUACGACAUCCAGACGGGCCACCAGCACCCCUACGAGGACUGCGUGGCGGCCAUGCGGCUGUACAAGAGAAUGCGCGCGAUGACGCACGGCCCGCGGAAGAACGGGGGCGAAGGCGAUGCGUGCGCGGCGGUGGCAUUCCCGGCGCGGAGGCAGCGGGAGCUGGAGCGCAUGUCGCCGGAGGAGCUCCUGAGCAUGUCCAAGCUCGACUAUCACUGCUGGUGCCUCGACGACUAGCCUCGACGACUGCAGCUGCAUCUGCAUGUCCAACAGUCCAAGCAUGAGCCAUGGCCCCUGACUGCGAGGCUGCCCUGCCGAAUUCGAUUCUUCGCGCUUUACUUACUGAUCAAAGGGGAAUUCGUUAGGAAAAAUCGGCAAAACACCUGUAAAACGUCUGUGGAUGUGUACGAUUAUUGCUGCCCU